GAAUCUGACUUCUGCUAUCAAAUCGAAUUCCUUCCUUGGCAAGCUUAGCCUCGAAGCAUCCGUCUGCGUCCGCGCCUCUUCCUAGUUCCCCAUUCGCAUCGAGUCAACCGAGAGCGCAAGAGGAGAUCCCAAUUCCAGGCGCGGGGGAACCGACGAUGGACUCCACGGCGCCGGCGCCCGCCACCUGCGAGAUCGCGCGCCUGCCGGACGACCUCCUGUCGGCGUCGCUGGCCCGGACGGGGCCGCUCGACGCCUGCCGCGCCGCCGCGGUCUCGCCGGCCUUCCGCGCCGCGGCCGACGCCGACGCCGUCUGGUCCAGCCUCCUGCCGCGCGACCUGCCCCCGCUCGCCGACGGGGAGCUCCCCGACGACCCGCACUCCACCAAGAAGCAGCUCUUCAUGCGACUCUCCGACUCCGCCAGACCCGUCCUCCUGGCCGACGGCCUCACGAGCAUGUGGCUGGACAGGGCCACCGCCGCCAAGUGCUACAUGCUGUCCGCCAGGAAGCUGUGCAUCAUAUGGGGCGGCACGCCGCAGUACUGGCGCUGGAUCCCUCUCACCGACUCCAGGUUCACAGAAGGCGCAGAACUUCUGAACGUUUGCUGGUUGGAAAUCCGUGGCAAGACACAUUGCAACAUGCUCUCCCAGAACACCACCUACGCCGCCUACAUGGUGUUCAAGAUGUCCGAUGAAUCCUAUGGGUUGGAUGAUCCACUCCAGGAGGCUGAAGUUAGCAUUGGGGCAACCAAAUCCACUCGUCGGGUUUGCCUAGGAUAUGACAAUGAGGACGAGGACGGGGAAGAGGUGCCUCAGAAUUACCGAUCAUUCAGACCAAUUGGAUUAUUCAGACCAAGGGUAGGGAGAAGAAACCGUCGCGUGCCUCCUGGAGUGCAAGUACAGCGCCCUCAGGCAAGAGCUGACGGCUGGAUGGAGAUGGAGAUGGGUGAGUUCAAGAAUGAAGAAGGUGAGGAUGGUGAGGUGUCCAUCAGUCUCUUGGAGACCAGGGGCGGCAACUGGAAGAAAGGUCUUAUUUUGCAGGGCAUUGAGAUCAGGGUGAAGAAAUAAGGCUGGGAAGGUUGCGGGAAUCGGACUUUGCACAUCCAAGUAAAUAAGGAUCUUAGAUUUGUAGUGCGUGUUUUGCAGCACUUGCGUUGUUAUGCAAUGUGUGUGUGUGUGUGUGUGUGUGUUGCCAAUGCCCAGCAGAAACUAAUUGUGUGUGCGAGGUUCUUGAGACAAAAGAACUGCAGUUUUGUACAGAUUAUGUUUGUGUCCCAGAUCACUCGGUGCUCGAUGACUGCUAAUGUUUGCUUUUAAAGUGUAAGCUAGGUGUGCUGGUUCUUUUCGAGUUACGUACUGCUUGUGGUUGGGUAUUGAAGAUUUUGAUCCGUAUCAUCAUAAUUUGUAUUUGGCCUCCGGAGAUUGUAGCAUGUCAACCAUGAAACAGCUGUAUAUAGAAGUGUCGACAUCCCUUUCUUU